AUGUUUCCAUAUGUUAAAUUAUCUGCUGCGGCAGCUGCUUCUAUAGGAUCAUUCUUUUUAGGUUAUGCCAGUCAUGACACAUUUCGUACAGCAAAACUAACAACUUCAUUAAAUGUAAGUAAUUCAUUGACUGCUGAAGAUCCAAAUAAAUCAAUACCACCAUCAAGGGCAAGUCAAAUAAUGAAGUUUGGUUAUCCUGGUUUUGAAAAUUUACGUGUAUAUGAAGAUUUUGUUUUAUCUUAUGAUCGCAAAACAAGAACAGCACACUGGGUUUUAGAACAUUUAACUCCAGAAAGAAUGCAAUAUAGUCCAACUGUUGACAGAAAUCUUUGUAAAUUUCGUCCUGAUACUUCUAUUCAUCCUUAUUUUCAAUCACAGAAUGAUGAUUAUCUUAAAUCAGGAUAUGAUAGAGGACAUUUAGCUGCUGCUGGAAAUCAUAGAAAAAGUCAACUUUCAGUUGAUCAAACAUUUUUCUUAACAAAUAUAUAA